CGGGCAGUAUCGACGACAGCAUUGUCGCUGAUGUCAACAGACGGGCCCGCAGUUGGCCAAUCGGGAGAGCCGGGGUCGGGGGACCCACGCGCGCCCUGUGUACAGCCAACCGACGUGGCUUUCUGUUGUUUCUCCCACUGGAGAGCUGCUGCUCCCUGCAGCCGAGUGUUGGGAAAGUGGCAAUGGUCUGUGACAGAUAAGAGGAGGAGGACAACGACGACGACUACGACGACGACGACGAAUGAGAGGAGGGUUGCUAAGAAGACGAGAUUUGAGGACGACUCACCCGGCCACCCGGCUCACGAGGUAAACAAAACACAAGGAACAAAAGAAAAUCCUCAAGCAGGACGUACUUGAUCCCCGGAUCAGGACACAAACAUAUUUUCGACCAUAGACAUCCGUAAAUCAUCUGCGUCCCCCACCACCACCCGCCUACCCACAACCGCAACGACUACCACCCACCACCAAAUCCAACAUCCUGGUGGAAGAGAAGGAGGAGAAGGAGGAGGAGGAGGGUUCAGCGGUCUGACGGGCUGGGUGGUUGUGAGAGGGAGGAAGAGAGAGAAGAAGGAGGGAGGAAGCCGCCGUUGGCUCACCUGGCUGGCUGCCGCGAACCAUGGGGUCGUCACUUCCGACCACGCCCCCUUACAUGAUCGCCGUCUACGUCGCUGUCAGCCUCUCGGUCGUGGGGCUGUUCGCGGCGUUGGUGUACAUCUUCUGUUCGCGCCGCUACCGCCUCAACUGGUUCGAGCGCACGCUGCUGGAAGAGCACAAGGGCGCGGCAGCGGUGGGUUCCGGGCUGCACGUGCGCGGCGGCGGUGCGGCGAGCGGCGUGACCAUCGCCGGCAGAGGCGGGCGCGUGGUGCGAAUAUGUUGCAGUAGUCGCGGCCGGCGCAGCAGUGACGACAGCGACAGGGACGAAGACGAAGAGGAGGAAGAGGAAGAAGAAGAAAAAGAAAAGAGGAAGGAAAAACCAGGAGGAGGAAGACAAGAAAGGAAGAGUGGUGGUGGUGGUGGUGCUCCAUCCACCUCCCCUCCCACCUCAGCCACCGCCAAGGCUGCAACAGCUGCGGCUGUCGCUUCCAGUUUCCACGCUGGCGAGCCUACGGUGAGAUGCACGCGUGUCGUAGCGAGCGGUGACGGGGUUGUUGCUGCUACUGCUGCUGGGCCGUCGCCGUCGCUGUCCCCAUCUUCUGGCCCUCGAACUACUGCGCCUAGAGGGAGCCACAGGCUGGUGAAACAGGUCCGGAGUGCGUCCCCUUGGGUCGCUACCCCGGCAGGAAGUUCUCGAACUGGCGCUGGGGGUAAAGGGGGAAGGUUGGAAUCCUCCUCGUCACAUUCAUCGCAUUUGUCGUCAUCGGCGGUGGGUCCCAGGUCCCCGUGCCUGCUCGUGCCUCACUCUUUCGGUCAGAGCUUCGCGGAUCCAACAUCAUCGUCGACGUCAUCCUCGUUGGCAGCUGCGUCGUCGCCUGCGUCGUCUAUCAUCGUCGUCGUCGCGCCCGAGGUUGCGAAGGACGUCAGCGGUUCUCCUUCUUCUCCGUCGGCGCCGUACGAGGGGUUGUCCUUCGCCGUGCCGCAGACCACCACGUGGAGAAUACAACAAACGCCACAACAACCUAAACUGCCUCCUCCAAAAUCAUCAUCAUCACCAGCAUCAUCAUCAACAAUACAACCCACCACCUCCACCGAAAGCGAGGCCGGCUCGGACCUGAGCCAGUGGCUGAAGCAGCUGGCGGCGAGGUGCAUGGCCGGAGUCGCUGGGCGCGGACUGUUGGGCAGGUCGGCCACCACAACUUCUGCCACCGCCUCCGCUGCUGCCGCCACCGCCACCGCCUCCACUUCAUCUUUUUCGUCGUCGUCAUCGUCAGGGUCGUCGGCGCUGACGUCGGGGGUACGUGGUGGUGCCGAAUGGCUACAGAGCAUGCGCAAGAUGGGCUCCAGUCCCAGCUCCCCCGUGGCCGACGCCAGUGAGAAGUUCUGGGUCCCUCCCGCCGUUCUCGAGCGGAAGCGCGCCCAGAGCCUCAUUCCGGCCCUGUCGAGGCAAGGCAGUGACGAGGAAGUCAUGAGCUCCGGUCAGGCAACUCCAGCUUCCAUUCCCCCACUUAGAGAGUUAUCCUUCUCUUUCUCCAAUGAGAAGGUUCCAGGCCAAGCCAGCGGAAGUGACGGCCUGCCGUCAACGCCCCCUGCCGGCUACGUCCCCAGGCGAAGAGCAUCCAUGCAUGAUGCUAUUGACUACACCAAAAUAGACGCCAGGCUGUACGAUAAGAAGCUCGUCCGCCAGGCCUCGGUGAAAUCCAUCGAAGAGGAAAACCUGGGAUCCAUCAACUUCACGCUCGAGCACAAUGUCGAGACCUCCAUUUUGACUGUCUACGUCAUCCAGGCCCGAAACCUCGUCCCGCGAGAUUUCAGCGGGACCGCAGACCCUUACGUCAGGGUUUCGCUGCUGCCCGACCAGCGCUCUGCGUCUGCGCAGAGCAAGAUCCACCGGAAAACGGUCAACCCUUUGUUCCAGGAGGAGUUUAUCUUUGAACUGAGCGAUUCCCAGAUGGAGCGGGCCGUGCUGGAGAUACUGGUGUACGACUACGACCAGUUCUCACGUGACGAGUGCAUCGGCUACGUCCACGUGCCCCUCAAGACCGUGGACCUCAGCGAGCGCGUGGAGCUGUGGAAGGGUAUCCUCCCUUAUGAAAAAGACAACGACAGAGACAGAGAUGUUGGUGACGUGAUGUUCUCGUUGAGUUAUCUGCCCAGUGCGGAAAGACUGACCGUAGUGGUAGUCAAGGCCCGCAACCUAAGACACCCUGAAGGAGGAAGGGAGACAAUAGACGCACACACCAGGGUGACAGUGAUGUCCGGCAACAAGAAAAUGAAGAAGAAGAAGACUGCAACCGUCCACAACAGCAUCAACCCGGUCUGGAACGAGGCGCUGGUGUUCAACCUCCCUAGGGACCACCUGGACUCCAUCGCCCUCGAGGUCUCCGUCUUCCACGACAACAAGCUGGGCAACGACGAGCGCAUCGGCAAGGUGCGUCUGUCACGUGACUCGUGCGGCGAGGAGAAGGCGCACUGGCAAGACCUCGUCCGCGAGAAGAUGGCGGUGGCGCGCUGGCACAAGCUGUCCUGACGGCUAAGGGAGGCGGCGGUGUCCUCGUUGUCGGCACUGGCGGCUGGCGCACCCGGGGUAGGGGGCCAGACGGCUGCCGGCUGCCUGGGAGCCGCCGUCCUCAGGGGACUGCUCGCCAUGUCCGUCUCGCGGUCGCUGGACAUGGAGUACAGAGGGAACCAUGCCGCCAGCAACGGCGGCAACGGCGGCGGCGGUGGCGGCACCGCCAACAACAACAGUGCCGCUGCUUGUGGCGCGACGAAGAUCCCGGCCAUCAGAACAGCUUCUUGUGGGGUACCCGUCACCAACGCCUCUUUGUCACCAGACCAGAAGCUGGUGCGAGGCAAACUGAAGUCUAAGAAAAGGGGGAAAACGCAGUAGAAGUAGUCUGCUUGAUGACAACCCUCUCCCCGCCAUUUUCCAAAAAAAUCUUUUUUUAAAAAAAAUAACAUGAACGCCAAAUGCAGCAGAGAGGUAGUUCGCUGUUGACAUUAUUCUCGCCAUGGUCACUUAUUAUUAUUAUUGUUUGUCGAGUGCAUAGUGAAAGCCGUAAUUCUAGCGGUCUGAAGAGACUUUUUGUUACCGUGUGCGGUUCUAGCUAGCUUGGAGACAUCUGUCAACUGAUUUUAUUUCUGAGCACUUACAACCAUGUUUGUGUACAAACGACUGCAAAAUCCGUUUUGAGAACUUUCUGAGAUGCUAGCGUCUGGCAGAAAUUUUUAUUUUCUUAAUGUGUUCAGUCUGGACUAGCUUGGAGACACGUGUCCAGGUGUUUUGGUGACUUUAUUUUUGGAACUUUUAAAACAGCAUGCAUGUAGAGACAGAUGACUUGGCAAGUCUUUUCUGAGACCUCUUGAAACUGUGAAGUUCAGAAAUGUCAUCGGUCACGACAGUCGUUUGAAGUGUGUGCAGAUACAACAAAUCAGAGUUGGAAAUAACCAACGACUUCAUCUUAAAAACAGUCAACAUUAGGAACCUGUGUUGCGAAAUCUUUUCUUCGUCAGCAUUUUGUUGCUUGAUAGCACAACUUACAGGUGACUUCAAUACUUUUUUAUCUUUGCAACAUGAUGUAGAGAGAGGUUUUCAAACCCUCGUCAUGGCAGUAAGGAAAUUGCAAACAUUUACAUAAGAAUUAUUUUUGAACAAAUCUUAACAGGACUUGGACCAGGAAUUGCACGAUGGUGACGAUGUGUUGUCGUCUCACAGACACUAAAACCUCCGAAAAAAAUUAUUUCAAACGAAAAUGCGCACUCCAUGGGUUAGAGUUAUGCUGCGUUCAAGAAGGUCUGCGACAUCAUGAAUGUUUCUGUCCAUGUAUGAUCAACACAUUGCUGAUGAAAAUAGCAAUGAAAAUACCCGGAAGACGCAAACAAGACUAGCAAUAAUCGAAAAUCAAGUGUGGGGAUGCUUAUUCCUACAAGUUCAUUGCCUGUGUUAGUUUAAGUUGUGGUGGAUUAUUUAAAGCAAGCUUUUGAAUUCAAGAGGCAGUCCAGACUAAUCGUUGAGGCAAAGAAUGACACAAGGUGAUGUUUUUAGUCUAUCAAAGAAUCUGGUUUCUUUAUGUCCUUUUACUUCUUGUGUAAAAUAAUGUGCACUAUCAAAAAUCUGAAAAUGUUUCUAUCCUGACACUUAAUGUUUAUUUUUAAAAACUACUGAAUUGUGUUUUGAAGAAAAAAAAAUCUUGUUCCUGGGCUAUGCUUCAACUUGGAUUAUAGUGAUGUCCAGUAAAUCAAAGAUCUGCUGUUGGAUAAGAAUUCAUUUAAAAAGUUAGAUAUUCCCUUGUUGUCAUGCUGUCUCUUCCUGAUUUGGCCUCUGCCCCAACACUUGCUCUCUAUUUAUUUUUCUUACUCUUUUAUUUUUUGUAUUCGUGUGUUUUUCUCUCUUAUCUUAAGCUCUUGAUUUUUUCCAUAAUUCAUAUAUAUAUAUCUUUCUAUAGCCUUUUCCUCCGUCCAUUCUCCCUUCUCUCUCCUCUCUUUAUGUCUAUCUCUCUCUCUCUGGCCUUCCCUUUCUGUCAUUACCGUGUGUCCUUGUCUCUCUCUCUCCCUCUCUUUCUGUCUUUUCUUGAUGUCUCAUGUCUCACUCGUCUUGUCUUUCUGUCUUGUCUUUGUGUCUCCUCUCUCUCUCUCGUUCCCUCAAAGCCUAUUGAGAUCAUCUCCUCUCUGUAUUGUCGCUAUACGUGGCAUAUAUCUAAUCCAUGAAAUGCGGCAAGCCUUUGACGUGCUCAUGUUAUUAUUAAAAACUUUGCUCAUCAACUUUAUAUUGCUUCCUGCUGUCCAUAUUCUUUCACAUCGUGGCAUGGAUACAUUUGUUUCAUUUGGAAUUUGCGCGGAUAUUGUUAUAUUGAAUUGCUCAUUCGUCGCCACGUUUCUUGUUUCGCUGUCCUGACAUCUCCCCACUCUUUGACCCUGGUGUAUCAAGUGCAGAAGGCCUUCUUGAGUCCUGUUCCUAAUGACAAAACUUUGUUAAUUCAUUCCACCCCGAGGACCAAUUUCAGUAAUCGUUGUUCAUUUACCGUGUACAUCAUUCUAAAUCAUAUUCUCGAGCAAAUCUUCCUUUUUUUAAAAAAAGGAAGAACCACCGUCGAAGCGUUUAGAUUCUAUUUUUACGAGAAGUGGGAUCAAGGGAUCAGCACGGAUCAGGAAAUCGUUUCCUAGCGCAUGCGCAACGGGUCCCCAGAUUACCUCGGCGAAGCUCGUUCGCUCGUCAGUUCCGCAAUUUCCGGCCGUCUGCUGUCCUACAGGGUAAAGAGAAAAGCAGGCCCAUGCCAUGCACCUGCAACGAAGCCCAACUUUCCCGCGAGACGCUGCGCAUGCGCGUCGCCAUGAUGGAUUUGGGAAGAAUAGGAAGCAGGAGCCAGCAUCAUUGUCGCUGCCUAGCAACAAGCAAAGAACAAGCUCGUUGUUAGAGGCACGCGACAAAAACAUGUAUUGUCGAUGACCCCUUCAAACCAAUUUAGGUCUCGUCUUGCGAUGGUCUCAGACCUGCCUUGUACAGUCCUGACUCAGUCGGUGGGAGGUUUUCCAUGUUUAUUUAUGGUGAUGGGAGCUGGCUGGAUUGGCUUUAAUGAGAAUUCGGUGUAGAUUUUAAAAAGAAAAUUGAUUUUUUUUUUGUAAAAUAAUAUUUAAAAACUAUUUGUUUUCCUUUACUAAAUCCUCUAAAAAAUUAAUUAUCGACUUGAAAUGGUCUUCGGUAACAUUUAACUUUCAAUCAUACAUUCAUCUUUCUCUUUAACACACUGACUUGAAUAAUUUUGACCUCUUGUGUCACGUGACAACGAGAAAACGUCGUAUAGCCUUAAUUUUGAUGAUUGGAGCAGCACACCAGAGAUCUUGAACAGAAAACCAACAUCUCGUUCUGAGGCUGAGAAUUCCCGAGAUGGAAAUAGGAAAUUGUUUGGAUCUCGUGCCUGACACGUGGAUUUUUACUCUGAACACAUGAUGCAAUCUUUCCACGGUUGAGUUAGUUUGCUGUAAAGUGAGUUCAAUCGCAAACGGACACAAUACAUCUUUCAAAUUUCUUCGGAUAGCUUUUGUGUCCUUUUAUAAAAGCUUCACUUUUUAUUUACUUAAAAAAAAAAACAACAGAAACAGCAGGGUUUCGCACCAGUGGUAUCUUAACUCUUUGCAGUUCAGUUGAACAUAGUCGAAAUCCUUGUUCAUUUGAGAGAUGGACAAGAACAUUUGAAAUGAAAUGAGUUAAAGCGAGGCAUCAUUGAAAUAAUCUGCUAAAAUAAUUUCGUUUUGAGGAAUUGGUUGGAUUUCAACUCGGUGGGAAGUACAGGCUUGCUUAAUUUUAAUUGUUAAUCCUUCUAACAAAUGCGUGUUUACAGUGUUUGUUUGUUUGUUUCGUGUGUUUUGUUUGCUGAUUUUGUUUCUUUAUUUCGCCAUUCAUCUCUUUAUCCUCUCGUUGUACACAUUGCACAUUUCCUUGUCUUUUUCAUUUCUUUCUUAUUUCCUUUCAGUGAGUCUGCUUUCACUUCUCUGAGAUUUUUUUUUCUUUUGUAUCUUUUUUGUUUCGUAUUUUCUUUUAUCCACUUCUAUGAUCUGCUGUUCUUUUCUUCUAUUGGUCCUUUCGGAAGGAAUGAUCGCCUGACUGGAUGUCAACUAGAAUAACUUAACUGCCUAUAAUUUCUCAUUUCAUAUCUCAGCAUCGUAUGACUAUCUUCAUGACUAUCUCGUCCCACUGCUAAUUUGUUAUGUCAGUCGUAUUAAUUAUUACAUCCCGUUAGUUCCAUGUCCUUGUUGCCCCAAGGGUUCUCUGGCACUCAAACUUUGUUGCACUCAAGCUGUGUACGUAUUACCCCUGAGGUGAAUUCUGGGAUCGGUGUUUCCUCGAAACCGAUAGACGCCAUGGUCUCUUCCUCACUCCUCGCGGCUGACCGCCAUGACACUUUUUCAUGAAGCACUGCAACGAUUGGUCCUCGCCCUGUUUGCGCGCAUGCGUGGCGUUAUGUGUAUAACUGUGUGAUUUCUUGUACAUAUCGGUAAAAGUGAGCUUGGAUACUAUUCACAUAUGCAUAUGCCUACUGAUUAGAUACCUGACAAAGCCCUCUUCAAUUUUUUCUUGUUUUUUCUUCAUUGUCUCUGACAUCGUCUACUUUAUAUUGUGUACAUGUCUAUUUUUACAAUCUUUCUAAUAUUCGUCUAGUUUCCAUUGUUUCUAACAGGCUUCUCUUUUCCACAGUUUUUGAUAUUCUUCUAUUUUAAUUUCUAAUAUACCUUUUUUGAUUGUUUCAAACAUUCUUUUUCUUUAGUUCUGGCAUAUUUCUAUGUCUAUGUAAUCAACUGAUUAACUUUUUAGUAUAACGAAUUUGUAUUUUUAAUUAUUUAAUUUGUUACUCUUAUAACUUAAUCAACAAAAUUCUAAUUAUAAGCUUUGGUAAGCACAUAAUGGAUAAAGACACCAACUAAUAAGAUUACAAUACACAUUUUCUGUUUAAUCAACCUAUUUUUGUGUACGAGUAAAAUUAAUAUGCUCAGUGCUUUGAAGUCCCUUGCUGUAAACAAAAUCAAAUUAGAAUUUCUUGGACAAAAAGUUCAUUAAUGUAAAAUCAGCAAAUAAUACACCAAUGGUUCUGUUUAAAUUCCAGAAGAAGUGUUUGGAUUGAUACACAUAUAGGCUUUGUUUCUCAAGUUAAUUUUCACUACCUGUACAGGGCUGCAUAUUGCAUGGGGUUUAUUUGUUUAGUUUAUUCUGUCUGUUCAUGUCUCAACAAGCUGUUUCCUGUAUGCUGUCUGAGCAGGAUCCUGUAUCAACAACUUCCUGAACGAUUUCUACUGUUUGUACUGUGAAUAUCUGCUCCUUGUCCCGCACCAGUGUGAUCCAAGUAAUAAACCAAGAAGUUCCUCGUCAA